AGCAGGCUUCACUGAUAUGUGCAUUCACUAGAGCCUUCCCAUGUAACUCCUGGGUUUGGCCUCACUGAGUCCUGCAUCUAUUUAGGGGGCUCACCAGGUGGCUUGCAAAAAGGGCCUGUAUGGAUUUCUCAUGGUCAUUUUUAUGAACUCUAUGUGAUUGACUUGCGGAAAAAUGGAAUAUGAAAAUCCAGACAAGAGGAAAAUCUUGAGGUAGUGGUAACAUUCUGGUGAAUGCUACCUAAGAUCGCAGUCAUCAGACUGAAGAACCACACUAACACCUUAACUAUGAACUACCUGGAAAAGCGACAUAAAGCAGGCAUGCAGCAUUUUAGCAACUUGGACAGCUUAAUGGAUGAGACUGACCGAGAGGUGAUGAAUCUUACAGAUCGUGCCUUUAAGAGCCUCUGCAUUGGCGAAGAGGCAGUCUACAAUGAUACAGAGUUCUCACCGCCUCCAGUAAAUUGCCGCAAGCCAUUAGCUGAGGAGGUACCAAAAAAGUCUCAAGACAACUCUUCUUCGGUUGCCAAAAAGUAUGGGACUCAUCGCCCUAAUGGUGUGAAUGACACAUCUUGGCGAGCGAAUAAAAGCUCAGCAAAAGUGUCAUCACUCUUUGCUGCAUUCACAGCUGAAAAGAAUGGAGAUGCCACCAAGUGGACGAAUGGGGACUCAUGGGACAAAUCUGCACUGCUCAGCAUCCAAAGAGAGCUGUCAGAGUUUUCUUCAGAUUAUCAAAACAGCCUUUCAGAUGAAAACUUUACCCGUGUCAAGAAUCAUCUUAAAUCUUCUGAGAAAAGGACUGGCAAUAAAUCAAGCAAGGACACAUCUUCAUCUGGGAACUCGACAAAAAAUAAACAUAGCAAAUCCAGUAAGAUGAGAAAAUUAAAUUCUAAAAACUUCUUCCUUCACAGUGAAUUCAGCCCAUUUCAGUCCUGGGUGGACUUAAAUAAGUUUCCUUUUGGAUUGGGAAAUAUAGAGAUUUUUCCAAACAAAGGCCCACCAAAAUGGUAUGAUUCCCCACUUUACAAAGAACUAACAUCACACAGAUUACAUAUUCCAGAGUCAAAUAGAGGAAAGAAAUAUGAAAACAUUUCAGCAUCAUCAUCUCAAUAUGUAUAUAAUCAUGAGGUGUCAGGACACAUGACACAAACUUUGAAAAAUACAACUAUAAAAUCAGAACAAAACACUGAGCUGAAUAAGCCUCAAAUUCAUAUAAAAACUCAUCAGCCUCAAGAUCUGCUAACAUCCUCUGGAUCUGAGCAGAGGUGUCAGUCUGAAGGAGACUUUUCUGCUCCCUGGAGGAAAAACCGAAGGAGGGCAAAGAGUACAGUUCCUGCUGGACAGCCCUUCAUAAGUUCUCCCGCCUGUGAUAGGUCAAAUGCUGGAGAGGAAGGUCUAUCAAAUAAAAAGGAGGUCAGGACAAUGAAAGAACAAACCCCCUCAAAUCCAACUCCUUUUAGUAUUUUACAGCUGCUGACUCCAGCUAUACCAUCCAUACAGGAAUCUGUGAGCUCUGACACACUUCAGGCUGUUCUCUCUUCCAUUGCCCUUGACUUUCCACCACUUCAUGACACAGAGAUGUGCCCAUCACCUGAAAUUAAACGAGAAAGCUACAAAUCUAUGGCAUCAAGUCUGCUGUUCAAUCUCAAAGACAACAGAAAAAGGGUCAAGGCAAGGUACAGCCCACCAAAGUUCAAAGGUUUGGACAAAACAGAUCAAAAGAGUCUCGAGUCUCCCAAAACUUCAGAUGCUAAAACCAUCUCACCUACUCAUCAGAAAAUGCUUGCAUCCCCGAUGAGUCCUCUUCCAGAGAACAUAGACCUACAAACCUGUUCUCCCAGUGUACAUAUAAAUGGCGGUUUGCCAGAUGACUACUUGGCACUAAGUCUACUGCAAGCUGGAAAUAGAGGUUCACCUAAUAAACCUCUGAAGUCAAACAGGGGUGCUCUACUUAAAGCCUCAUAUCCAUCUCUACAUUUGUACAGUAAAGCUACUUUAACAGAAGUUGACACUAAAAUAAUGGAUGACCCUGGACCUCAUCUUACCAGAGAUAAAAUAAUUAAACAAGGGCAGAGCAAAGAUAAUUUACAGGAUGACUGUAAAAUCCUGCAAAGAAAAGAUAGCAUAAUUAAACCAGAAAUGCAUUUGAACAGUCAUACUGACAGUAUGAACAGUGAAAAUGCCCACAUGAACCAUCCUGAGAUUACAGAAGAACUACUGGCUGAGAAAACUAAUGCUGUUUCUCUAAAGGAAAAUUACCACCACACAGUUGUAAAAAAGAAGCACAGUACAAGACAAGAUCCCGUGAUGGUGUCAGGUAGCAAAAAUCAAGACAAACUGAACAUGGAAGUUACAAACAAGUUGGAUCAAAGAUCUGUCAAGGAUAAGGAAUGCCUAAGAAAGGAACCGAAACCUAAGCAUGAAUUUUCAGCCAGGCAGAACAACUACAUCAAAAGUCAAAGAUACACGAGUGGAGAUGAUGAUGAGGAGGAUUUAUGUAAUGGAGGAAAAGUAGAUCCUGGAGGAAGAGAUGUAUUGAGGAAUAACAGUGUCAUAUCAAGGAAUUCAGAAAGUAUAAAUGCUAGGGACGAAAUAAAAUGUGAAAAGAACGUAGCUGUGCACAAAGAAAAAGAACUAAAUCAGGGCAAAUUGGAUGGAGCACUUGGCAGGGAAAAUAUUGAAAAUGGUGCUUCCAUCACAAAAGACUCUAUGCUGCCUUCCAAUGAUGAUUUGGAUACUUGCACUGAACAAAGAGGAACAAAUGAUGCUCUCUCCAUGAAAGGAAACACAUCUGCAAAAAGAGCAAUCUUUGCUUUCAAGGAACAGGUGUCCCUGAAGACAAGCCUAGCCUCAAAGAAGGAGAGUGUAUCAGUCCAUAAGUAUGAGCAAGCAACAGCAGCUUUGGAGGAAGUGAUUGCUGAGCGGGAACAAAGAAAAAAGAAAAGUGGAGCUCUUUCUUCUGCUGACAGAGAUGUUAUUAAGAGUUGUAAGAAGCAACAAGGCUCAGUCUUGAAAGGAGAUUUCAAGCAAGAGAGUAUAGCACUGAGUCAGAAGGACAUAUCAGGAAGAGUUACAAAAGACAGGAGAAGUCAGAGGGACAUUUCUGAUUUUAAACCUAGUAGCCAAAUCGUUCAAAGCAUGUCAGACAGGGAGACCAAACAUGGUAAAAGUCAUGUGGCUGAGGUAAAUUUAGCUGGGCCUCAUAAGCAGGAAGGAGCUGCUGAGCAAAGCCAACAUGCAGCUGGACAGAUAAAACAUACAGAGAAGGAUAGAUCUGGCAGGCCUGAUCAACAAAGUGACACAGAUAAUGGCAAGCCAGUGAAUGGGGUAGCUGAUUUUAGAAUAAAAGAGCCCAUGUCUAAAUAUAGCAGCGUUAAAGAGAGCUCAAGAGGUACUAAUGUUGAAAGUAAGCUGACCAGGGAAGAAGAGGAGUCAGUAGUUCAGACCGUGAGCAGCUCCUGUAAACCAGAGGUGCCCCCUAGACAAGGCAAAGAAAGUUCUCAAAGUGGGGACAAAGAAAGAUAUAAAAAAGACAGACAAGAAAAUGUUGGGGGAAAUGUUUAUAGAUCAAAAAAUGAAGAAUCAGUAAGCAGAGAGGUCAAGAAUGUGAAAUCUAAUUUACCAAUGGAGAGAGGCCCAGUAAGAGGACAUGUGUCAGCACUUAAGGAAAAAUUUGACAAAGAACAUAGAGUGGAAAGCAUAAUUGGUGAGAAAUGUCUGACUGAAGGAGAAGAUCCCAAGAACUACCCUGAAAUGGACCUAAUAAAACAAAAGGUGAUUGUUCCAAAGGUCACAGGGAGUAUUCUGGAAGGUGACUCUGUCACAAGAAAAAAUAUGCAUGAAGAGACAGGUAGAGGUUUAGACAUCAAGAAACUUCCCGAUGAAGAUUUCAGACUAGCAGUGAGAAACGAGGAACAGUCAGGUAAACAAUGUGAUAAUAUUCAAGACAUUCAGAUUCUUAAAACUGACCUUACAAUCAAAAAUGACACUGAAACAGAUAUAAACAAAAUGGACAGUGAAUAUGCUUCUGCUCUUGUGAGGGAAGUUGAUGAUAAUCUGAAUAAAUCUAAAGGUAACUGCAAAAGCUCUCCCAAAACACUUUGUGAAAUGUCAGAGACGGAAAAUGUAAAACCUGAUUGUGAAUCUGAGGAAAAGGUCACAAACCAGACACCAGAAACCCUAGAAUCAAUAAAAACCAAUAAUACAAUAAUGGACAGUGUUACAGUUUAUGAUAUUUUUCAACAAUCUGAACCUUCAUCACUGGUAGAUGUUAAACAGUUAAACCAAAGCAAUCUACUUUCAUCCUCGUCAAAGGAAUCCUCCUUUUCUCUCCAAACAGAACCGUCACUAUCUCAGUCUGAAAAUGACUUGUCAAGUGAAACAAGUAAAUGUGACGAGAAUUUGAAGCAAAUAAUAGAUAGCCAUUCCUUUAUCAAACCUGAAGGUGAAUCAGGUAUUUCUGACAGGGUUGUUUCUCCUCCAACUGAUGUGGGCAAAGGAGGGUGGGUCCGUUGUUUGAAAGAAUCAGCUAGCAAUCUAACCCCACCAUGUCAGUCCAAUGUGUCUUCUCCUACAAUGGGAAAGCCUGCUUUAUUCAAAGUGAAAGACAACACAUUUAGUGCCUCCCCUGUUACCAAAACAGUGAGACCCAUUCUGCAUAAAACUCUCACACAACCAUGGUCUCCUAAGGAGAGCUUAAGUGAGUCUGACCGGGGUGAGGAGGACCUCUUCAAGGACGGUGUAGACGUGCGAAGUCCAACAAUACUCUCUCCUGCUCUGCCUUCCACACCUGUCAGAAGCCCCCAGUGUAGCCAGUCAUCGGUGCUUCUGUUAUCGUCUCCAUCUUCGCAGUUCACUACAGGCAUGGAGAAGAAAGGGCAGCUGAAUUGUCUCACAAUACCUCAAGAGGAUGAGUGGCGGUCCGCUGUCAGCUCCGUUUCUGAGGGAAUAGAGGGCAGCGGAACGAGUGCGGUAAAUACCGUGGAAGAGAUCGUGUCUGGCACCGCACCUAGAGAGGAUACGGUGGCAUCUAAAGAACCAAGUGAGAGAUCUGGAUCUGUUUGCAGUGGCAGUGAGAAUCAGCCUCAGAGCAAGCCUCCAGCUGUCCCUCCAAAAACAGAAAAAGCUCUGCGCCGUGCCAUGAAGCUGACCACCAGGCGGAUCCAGAAAGCAGAGGCGAAGAGCAAACUGGAGCGUAUAGGCCGGAGAAGUGAGAAAAAUGCUGGCCACAAACCUGAGAGAAGACACCACAGCAGUGACAGAGUGCUCAGUAACACAUCUGACCACAAAAGUACUGGUAACCAAAGCUGUGGAGAAAGUAGCAGUGACACAGUUAUGCCUAAAACUCACCGAAGUGAAAGACAUGGCAGACUACACAGUAAUCAGGAGACCCACAGCAGGGAGAAAGAUGGUAGUAGCAAGCAACAGCGUGAAAGCCAUGGUAAUUUAACUAGUAACCAUGGAGAGGAUACCCUCAAAGGUCAGUUUGAUAUGAUGAAUGUAAAUGCCUGUUGUGAAAGACCAGGCCGUACUAGUCAGAAAUACCUACCUGAAAAGCUGGGCCGUAGGGCUCAUAGUUUGGAUAGAUUUUCAUGUAAUAAAAAUGAGCAUAUGUUGCUUAACACUGAAGGCCUUGUCUCUAAAAUGAAUACUGAAACAUCAGAGAAGCACUUUCCUGGAAAAAAGGCAAAUUUACAAAAUAGCAACGAACAUACUUUUGUCUCUCCAGCAGCCAACAUUCUAGCACAGUCUUUCCCAAUGUCCCAGAAGAAAGUAUUGCAAGAUCCUGAUUCAGGGCAGUAUUUUGUGGUUGACAUGCCUUUGCAGGUCAGGACAAAAACCUUCUUCGAUCCAGAGACGGGAGGUUAUGUGCAACUGCCAGUUCAGUCUCCUGAAGACUCCUUGCCACAGGCACAAUCUGUGGAAGUUGUGAAUGCCCCCACGUUUGUGCUGGUUCAUGGCUUCCUUCCCGUGCCUGUCUCUACCUUACCACCCCAUAAACCCACUGUCUGCCAAGACUCUGUAGUUAGCCUUUGUGACUUUAAGGCAUUUGAUUUAAGUGAGGAUAUUUAUAAAAAACAAAAAAGAGAGUGUGAGCCUGACACUGGGCCUUUACAUAUUUCACACCAGCACUUACCAGAGGAAAGAACUGACAGUGUAAGGUGAUAAUAGAUUAAGUCACAUUUUUGAUCAAUAAAUGGUCUUGAGAGUGUCUGGAUUCAGACAUUAGAGUUUCUUUUUUGUUGCUGGUUUUUUUCUUAACAAAUGUAACUAAGUAAAAUUGGUUUAUCAAGAAAAAGCAAGCUGGUAUGACCUGGAAUAAGUGUUAAUAACCAUGUAUAUUCAGUAAUGAUCACAGAUAUCUUUGUAAAUAUUUCUCUCUUAUCAGUGGAAGUUUCUUUGCUCUAGUUGAGACGUUGUUCAGUAAUAAUAAUUUGAGGUUUGGCUGUUAUAUUGUGAUAAUAAACAUUCUUCUGCUAUUGUGAUUUUA